AUGCCUUUUCGUCCAUCCAGAAGACCCGGACUGGCCGAUGGCCAUGAAGAGCUACCAUCCCGACGGGACGCGGAACAUGACCGACGCCGAGAAGGCGACCCUCCUCGCGCCCGCGCCGUUCAGCAACAGGCCCCAACCUACGCUUACAAGCAGGAUCCGCAGCCCGCCAAGGCCGCGAAGCCCGCUGCAGAGGCCGCGAAGUCCGCCCCCGAGGCCGCGAAGCCCCCCGACGAGGCCGCGAAGCCCCCCGACGAGGCCGCGAAGCCCCCCGACGAGGCCUCGCAGUCCUCCCCCGCGCGGACGCAGCCCGCCCCCCUUGUCUCGCGCACGGACGCCGCCGCCUCGGGGUCGCACCCCGCCUCCUCGCGUAAAAUCGCCGCCGCGGUCGAUCACCCCGCUGGGCAUGGCUCCCCUGGCGCCGCGUGCUCUCACGCCUCCGCGCUCCCGCGUCUCUUCUGGUCCACCGCCGCGGUCCCCGUAUACGCCCCAGCGGGAGCACCGUCCAUCAGAGGCUGCUGA